AUGCGGAGAGUGGCGAUGCCCCUACGGCGCCAGCGAGAGGCUAAGCUUGGGGGUGGGGGGGCGGUGGCAGCGGCGGCGGCGGCGGCGGGUCCACCUCAAGCGUACCCCAUGGACCUCAACACCGUGAAGGGAAUCCUGAGAGAGUUCGAUAGAGCGGCGUACGGAGAGGCCUUCCGCGGGGACCGGCUUGCCAAGAUUGCUUUCCUUGGAAGAGGCUCGACCAGCACAGUAUGGAAGGUGGUAGACAUCGAGACCCUCCGAGUGGUGGCCGUCAAGGAGAUGAUCGUGUGCGACUCGAAGCAGGGCACCAUCCUGCGCCACGAGCUCAGUGUUCUCCACCCGCAGCUGCAGCCCCUGGUCCCGCCCAAACCGAAACGGCUGUCGGGGCGAAGGAGCAGGGCCUCAGCGGCGCCCGUCGGCGACGCCGCCUCCUCCGGCACGAACACCCCGACAACCGCCACCGCCGCCGCCGCCGCCUCUACCUCGGCAAGAAGAAGCGGGAAAAAGUCGUUGGGCGGCGGCAAGGGCGUCGCCGCCGCGGCCGCCGCGGCGCCGGUCGUCCGACCGGGGCCGUGCCCGUACAUGCCGCGCUACUACGGCUCCUUCGUCUCGCACGACGACGGGGGGCGGCCGCGCGUGAGCAUCGUAAUGGAGUACGUUUCGGGGGUGGACCUAGCGCGAUGGAUAGAGGAGGUGGGCGGCAGCAGCGGCGAGGGCGAGGGGCGAAGAGAAGGAGGAGGAGGAGGAGGAGGAGCCCUAGCAGACCCUGCCGGACAGCCUCCAGAGGCGGGGAAGUCGCCGCCGCCGCCGCCGCCGCCGCCUCGCCCGCCGAUCCCAGAGAUGUGGCUGCCGCGAGUCUGCCGCGACAUGCUCGAGGCCCUCCGGUACCUGCACGAGCGUGGCUUCAUCCACAGGGACGUGAAGCCCGCUAACGUCUUGCUGGGGCCGGGGGGCGCGCGUCUGGUGGACUUCGGGAGCACCAUCGACGACCGCGAGGAUGAGUGCGGGGGCCGGAUGCACGGGACGGUGCGCUUCAUGAGCCCCGAGCGACUGUGCGCGCGGCCCUACCGGCCGAGCUCGGACCUGUGGGCGGCCGGGCUUACGGUGGCCUCGGCGGCGCUGGGGGAGAACCCGGUGCCGCACAGCGCGAACAAGUUCGAGGCGGCGGGGCACGCGGAGGUGGCGUUCGAGAUGGUCAGGAGCCACCCCGCGUCGGCCGGGCUCUCGCCGAGCCUGCUGGACUUCUUGAGGGCGGUGCUGGUGGCGGAUCCUGAGAGAAGACCGACGGUGGAGCAGAUGCUCGCGCACCCUUACUUGUGUGUACCCGUAGUGGGGGGGGGGGAGAAGAAAGUGCGCAUGGUGCGCGUCGUGUCCGCUGCUCCCUCCAAAAACUUGUAG